AUGGAACGGUCUUUUACUGUCGAGUGUCCUCCGUUCGAGGUAGAGAUCUCCCAUUGGGAUCGUAUUCUGCCACCAACGCAUUCGAAACGGAUUCUGUGUUUCUCCCUCCCAGAAACUACGGACAAGGAAAAGGUGGUGGAACAACUGCAUAUAGCAUUUCACCACACCGUCCAGCGACUUCCUUUGUUGGCAGGCUCUGUAGUCCCCUUCUCGUCGCAUCAAGGAGGACGUCCAUGGCUUCGCAACAUCAUUCCCGAAGGCGGCGCCCAGCUCAUUGUCAAGGAUCUAUCAGAAGAGCUCAGGUUUUCAGAUCUCGCCAAGACCAACUUCUCGCAACAUCUGCUGAACACUGAACAGCUGUGUCCCCUCCCAGAGGUCGGGUACUUCAAAAAUGAGUCAGUGGACGUAUGCCGCUUCCAGGCCAACUUCAUUGAAGGUGGCUUGCUUCUCGUUGUAUCUAUUAUUCACAACGCGGCGGAUGGUCGGGGAGUGACUGAAGUGAUCAAGAUCUUUGCCAAUGAACUCAGCAAGGCACAGUCAGGCGAGACGCAUUAUCCGCUAGAACCAAGACCCGAUGUAUAUCGCACAGAUCGUACAAAGCUGGUAUCCGGUCAUGGGGUCCCUGGAUCCAUCGAAAAUCAUGCGGCAUGGACUUCGGAUCCGGCCAACGCACAUGCUCAAAUUCAUAACGUGGAGAACUCGUGCCACGAAUGGUUUUCCACCAACGACGCAAUUUCCGCCUUUAUCUGGCGCAGCAUCAUGCUAGCCCGCCAUCGGGCCGGAAUCUUGAACGGCGAUGCAGAAACAUAUGUAGCACAGCCUGUGGACUGCCGUCCACACCUUGAGAUUCCCAUGCCGUACUUUGGAAAUGUUAUUUACAUGACCAAGUCAUCAGUGCCUCUGUCUGAUCUGGCAGACUUUGAAAGUGGCCUCGGUGCCGCGGCUCGAGCUCUGCGCGCUGAUAUCAAGGGUGUUACGGCCGAGAAAUUCCGCGACUUGGUAGGAUAUGCGGAACGAACAGCGCUUGAAACUCAUACCCGCUUGAAUAUUCUGGAAGCCAUGUCUACAUCGGGCAUUAUUCUGACCAGUCUGUUCAAAAUGGACCUUCACGGCAUGAACUUCGGACCUAUCUUUGGUGAUGGUCAUAUCAAAGCUCUUCGCCUGCCGGCCAGAGGAACCCAGGCUGGUGCUGUUAUUGUCUUGCCUCGGGUUCCAGAUGGGAGUUGUGAGUUUAUGGUGACUGAACAAGAAAGUACAAUCAAGUGUCUCCUGGAGGACGAGUAUUUCAGUCGUUUCACAAAUGACGCAGACAGCAUUGGAGCCUCCAGUGAGGAGGUUGUUGCUCCCUUGCCACAGCCUCCUAUCACUUCGGAAGAAGGCAUGAUCUCCAUCGAUAGCACUCCUCCAGUGAUUGAGGCCAUCACGAUCAAGUCAGCUCCAGACAUUGAGCCUGUCACUAUUGAAGCCGCGACUACAGAAGUAGAACCAAUAACCAUAAAAUCGAUUUCAGACACUGAAACUGUCACCAUUGGUAUCACUACUACUGAAGUUGGUCCGGCCAGUACGGAGGCUACCUCUCCUGUUGUCGAACCCAGCACUAUGGAAUCUGAUUUAGUUGAACCUGUCACUGUUGGGACCACUAAUUCCGAGGUUGAAUCCGUUACCACUGAGACGACCGCUUCCAAGGUGCAGGCCCUCACAACUAUCUCUAAAGAGUGGCAUCUAGUCCCUGCGGGUGACGUAAAAAUGCCCUCAACACUGAUCUCUAACCGAAUUGACGCUCCCCAAGUUGGUACCAUCAAAAUUAUCCAAUUGAACCGACCUGCGGCGAAGAAUGCCCUCUCAGUACAGAUGGUGCAUGAAUUAAGUUGCGAGAUUGAAGAGAUUCAUAACGAGCGGCACAUGGGCGGCACACGCGCUUUGGUUAUUGCGAGUGCAGUGGACGGAGUCUUCUGUGCGGGAGCGGACCUGAAAGAGCGCAAAGAUAUGAGCUUGACAGAGACACAAGCCUUCUUGACUAGUCUCCGGGGUUUGUACUCCCGUCUAGCUGCCCUGCCUAUCCCCACUAUUGCCUGUGUUAGUGGCCACGCGCUCGGCGGUGGACUGGAACUUGCGCUAUGCUGUCAUCUGCGUGUCUUCGCCUCUAACGCUGUGGCUGCAUUACCCGAGACUCGGCUAGCUAUUAUUCCCGGUGCUGGUGGUACCUAUCGCCUCCCCAAUAUUGUGGGCAUGUCAAAUGCUCUGGAUAUGAUCUUGACAGGCCGGGGAGUACCGGCAAGUGAGGCUGCCAAGAUGGGACUGUGCAACCGUCUUGUGGGGGCAGACGGCUCGGAGGACACGCAAGCGUUCUCCAACCGGGUUUUGGCUCUGGAAACCGGUAUCCAAUUGGCUGAACAAAUUUCCGAUGCUGGACCUAUUGCUAUUCGAGCUGCAAUCAGAGCACUUUCGUAUAGUUGUGAGGCGGUUGAGAACGCCGCCUACGAGUCUGUUCUGACGACGAAAGAUCGAAAGGCUGCCCUUGCCGCAUUCAGUGAAAAGCGCAAGCCUAUUCUGGUUGGGGAAUGA